AUGGCCCUCAACAUAGCCUUCAUAAACAACCUUGGAGAGAACAUUUUAAAAUUUUUUAACCCCAAGUUGAAGUAUGGCAGAAGAGUUACGAAGAACUGGUUCAUGAUGAACCCCACCCAUUUCUUUUUGGCCUUCCUCUUUUACGUUUUAUUUGUUCUGGCCACCUAUGGGUAUAAUGCCUACUACGCCUCUAAGCUGAAGGCAGACAAGGGGCUGUCAAAGAUAAAGUCUUCUUCAAGUUCCAAGACGAAGAAUGCUCGCUUUGACGCCAUUUUGGGAAAGGCCAUCCCCCUGUACAACUUGUUGCAGGUCCUCCUCAGCUUAGUAAUCACCGUGAUGACCAUUUUCGAAGUGCGCAAGAGAAAAUUCGCCCUCCUCCACAAUUACGUUGACUUUUCAAAGACCAACAUUGCGCUCUGCUGCUGGCUCUUCUACGUGAACAAACUGUUUGACUUCAUGGACACCGUGCUGAUCGUGCUGAGAAAGAAGUGGAACCAGUUCACCUUCCUCCACGUGUACCACCACAUCUCCGUCUUCCUCAUCAUGUGGGUCAACACCAGCGUGGGAUACGACGGGGACAUCUACUACGUCAUCACGGUCAACUCCAUCGUGCACUUCAUCAUGUACCUGUACUACUUCCUCGCGAGCAUGAAAUUCAACGUCCCAGUGUUCGCCAAGGCCUGCGUGACGUAUAUCCAAAUGAUACAGUUCCUCGCCAUCAUCAUCCCAUCGUUCUGCGUUUUGUUUUUGAAAUACAAUUCCUAUUACCCCAGAAGACUGAUCGCCUUGAGUUUUUACUACUGCAUCUCUUUGCUACUUUUGUUUGUUCAUUUUGCCUACAACGCGUACAUACGACCCAAAAAAAAAGUCGCUUAAUAUUUUCCCUUUGCUCUCCCGCCCUUUGCUUCGCAUCCGUUGCUCUCCCAUCCUUUGCCUCGCAUUCUUUGCUUCACAUCCUUUGCCUCGCAUUCUUUGCUUCGCAUCCUUUGCCUCGCAUUCUUUGCCUCGCAUCCUUUGCCUCGCAUCCUUUCCUUCCUUUCAUUUUUUUUUUUUUUUUUUCACCUUCAAAUUUUUGUCUCGAGUAACUUGCAAAAUUAUAAUUAAACACAUGAAAUAAUUC